GUAAAAACAAACAUCCUAAAGCCGCAGCUUCCAGCUGCACAUCUGUCUUAAACCCUGAAAACUCAUCGCUGCAACUCUCAGCCCCUCUGUGUUCUAAGGGAGGAGUAGUGGCAUUGAAGAAUGAUUGCAGCUGUUUCUUGGAUCCCUAAGGGGGUUUCAAAACCUGUGCCGGAAGCAGCCGAGCCUCCUUCAAAGGAGGAAAUCGAGAAGCUUAUAAAGAGCGGAGUAUUGGAAGAAAGUGGAGAUGGUGAAAGUGAACAAGAUGACGAAGGUAUGGAUGUGGAGGCUGUCGAGGAGCCUGAUGAGGUUGCUCGAGCAUUAGCAGCAGCUGAUGCCAUGGGGAAGUCAUCUAAGAGUAUCGGUUUUGAGGACAUUGCAGAUGGUUUACGAGAAUUAGAUAUGGAUAACUAUGAUGAAGAGGAUGAUGGCAUCGAGCUUUUUAGUAAGGGACUGGGGGACACUUACUACAAGGAUAACGAAGAGGAUCCAUAUCUGAAGGAUGAUGGUAAUGACUCUGAAGAGCUUGAAGAUAUGGUAAUAAAAGCCGAGGACUCUGUGAUAAUAUGUGCACGUAAUGAGGAUGAUCUUAGCCAUCUUGAGAUCUGGAUAUUGGAAGAUAUAGUUGAUGACGAUCAAAACAUGUUUAUCCAUCAUGAUAUUAUACUCCCGGCAUUUCCCCUCUGCACAGCAUGGCUUGAUUGCCCAAUAAAAGGUGGAGAAAAAGGGAACUUUGUUGCUGUUGGAUCAAUGGACCCAGCAAUUGAGAUAUGGGAUCUUGACAUUAUGGAUGAAGUACAACCAUCCCUGAUACUAGGAGGUAUUGCCGAGGAGGAGAAGAAGAAAAAAAAGGGAACAAAGAAAUCUAUUAAAUACAAAAAAGGCAGUCACACAGAUUCAGUGCUUGGACUUGCUUGGAACAAAGAGUACAGAAAUAUUCUUGCUAGUGCUAGUGCUGACAAAACAGUAAAGAUUUGGGACGUGGCCACUGGAGAAUGCAAUAUCACAAUGGAACACCAUACAGAUAAAGUCCAAGCUGUUGCAUGGAACAAUCAUGCUCCCCAAGUUCUUCUCAGUGGAUCUUUCGAUCAUUCAGUAGUUAUGAAAGACGGAAGAAUUCCGGAGCAUACUGGAUUCAAGUGGUCAGUAAAUGCUGAUGUCGAGAGCCUGACAUGGGAUCCUCACACCGAGCACUCAUUUGUGGUCAGUCUGGAAAAUGGCACUGUUAGUGGUUUUGACAUACGGGCUGCCAAGGCUGACGCAUCAGGGCCAAAGCCAAGUUUCACUCUCCAUGCUCAUGACAAAGCUGUUUCCUCUAUUUCUUAUAACCCUCGGAUACCAAAUCUUCUUGCAACAGGUUCUACGGAUAAGAUGGUAAAACUAUGGGAUAUCUCCAAUAAUCAACCUUCAUGUCUUGCAUCUAAGAAUCCUAAAGCUGGAGCAGUAUUUUCCAUAGCCUUCUCAGAAGAUUCCCCCUUUUUGCUGGCUAUAGGGGGUUCUAAAGGAAAAUUGGAACUCUGGGAUACAAUAACCGAUGCAGGGAUCUCUCGGAAAUACGGAAAUUACAGUAGUCAGAAAAAGAACUCGACGUCAAAUGACUAAUUUUGGAAAUGGAAUGCGAUCAUCACAAAGCCUCUAAUGUUGUGCCAAACCCCACAAGAUUUUGCAUGGUAUUUGUUUACAGUUUAUUCAUAGUAACUUGCGUAGUAGUUCCUUUUUUCGUUCCGCCUUUAUAUAGGAAGUUUUGGUACUUGUUUGUAAGCAUACACCGCAACUUGUGUUUUUGAGAAUUAUAUGAAUACAUGUACUAUUUAUGUUAUGCCAACAAAGAGGGCUACCAAAGAACUUUUAGUCUA